AAGGCUUUUUUCAGAGCCACCUAAAGAGCUCAGGAAAUGAGCUGUUGCACUCUAGAAGGGGGCGUGGCUGUGAGAAGGUCGCCAGUGAGGGGCGGGCCUUGAAGGAUGGCCUGAGAAAUGGGUCUUACGCAGCGCCUGCACCGAAAUAGAAUGCCUGAACCGGCUAAGUCCGCUCAGGCCCCGAAAAAGGGCUCCAAGAAGGCGGUGACCAAGGCUCAGAAGAAGGACGGGAAGAAGCGCAAGCGGAUCCGUAAGGAGAGCUACUCCGUGUACGUGUACAAGGUGCUGAAGCAGGUCCACCCGGACACCGGCAUCUCGUCCAAGGCCAUGGGAAUCAUGAACUCGUUCGUCAACGACAUUUUCGACCGCAUCGCGGGCGAGGCAUCGCGCCUGGCGCAUUACAACAAGCGCUCGACCAUCACGUCCCGGGAGAUCCAGACGGCCGUGCGCCUGCUGCUUCCCGGGGAGCUGGCCAAGCACGCCGUGUCCGAGGGCACCAAGGCCGUCACCAAGUACACCAGCUCCAAAUAAACUUCCCAAGUCACCUGUGGACCCAGAGAUUAUGAGAUUUCUAAUGGAAGACAAUUUUUCAUACUUUAUUCAGAUGAACAGCAUCAGCAGUCCUCUUGAUUUGUACUCCUAACUGCCCUCCAAACCCUAGGUGCAGGAAAAGAAGACUUAGGAAAGGUGAAGGUCUACAUUGCGGGAAUGUAGGUGUUCUUCACCUUCAUGUUGGUGGCAUGGGCAUUUAGUGCUACAUAGAAGAAAAAACUCAGUUUCUUGACAUGAAAACAGCACUUGACUUUCCCUUUCAUAAACGAUGAAAUCUCCUGCCAUGCACAGAGAACAGGAAUUGUAGAAAAAUAAAGGAGUUAUGCUUUAGGAUUUUAUUUUAAGUUUUUAACAGUGAAUGUUAAGUUGUGUUUUAUAAAUACAAGACAAUAUACAUAUCCAGCCAAAUUGUGGCUGUUUUUUAGGAAAGAAGGAGGAGGAUCAUGGGACAAAAAGAAAGGUGAGACAAAUUGAGGAGGACUCAGAAAAAGAUUGGAAGAAGCAAACUGCUACUACAGAAGGGAGAGGAAGGGCCUGGAGACCAAAGAGAAGCCUAUAGCGGACUGUGAUGGGAGAGAGGCAGGAAGAAUAAAGAGGAAGAUGGCUGGAUUGACCUUAUGAUGUAUUUAGUAUUUUCGCCAUGUAUAAGACAAAUCUGCUCCACGUUUCUUGGAUUUUGAGUUGAAUAGAUUGAUUAAAAUGAUAUCAUAUCUGGGAGAUGUUUUCUGACCAGUAGAUGUAAAAUGGUACCUCUCUCUUCCCGUUUUUAACUUGCUCUAUUAAUUGUUCUUCAUUAUACUUAGAACUAAUUGACAUAAGUUUGUUUAUUUUUUGUUUCCCCUUCCCAUUCUCAAGACUGUUAAGCUCCACUGGGGCAGGGUUAGUCUUUUUUUUGCCACUGAGUCCCUAAUGCUUUGGCUGUUUCAGACACAGACUACGCUCUCAGUAAAUAUUUGCAGCACGAUGUAAUCAAUUAAUUGAAAUACACAUAAGUCUGUAAUAAUAAAGAUAGAGCGCAGGGCUGAUUGUUGAAAAUAUUCAAUUGAAUGAGUGACUCAGCCUUUCUGGGUCUCACUUUCUUCAUCUAUACAAGGAGAAUAAAAAUCAUACACUACUUCUUAGAGUUAUUUUAAGGACUGAGAUAAUUUGUUUAAGAAGCGUAGGGUAUAUAGCUUAGUGGUAGAGUGGGUUCAACUCCCAGUAUGUCUAUUAAAUAUAUAAAUAAAUAAUUACGCCCUCAAAAGUUAGGAAGAAAAAUUUUUUUUUAAGUUUAAAAGAAUUAUAACCUUUUUUUUAAAGAAGGGAUCAUUUGUGUAAAGCUAAAGCUCUUUAAAAAGUUAUGGACAUUUUGUAGGCACUUGGAAAUUGUUAUCUUUUCCUUAGUCACUGAAUUAAAACGAAAAUCAGAGAAGCUGAUUCUCUUCAGAUGAAAAACUAAAGGGAAACAAUAUAAGCUUUUGAUCUAUUUGAAUUCCACCCCAAGUGGGGUAGUUGGGGAAUUUGGAACAAAGAUCACAUUAUUCAGGAAUAUCUCUUGACUCAAUAUAAUUUAAGUCAUUAUCUGUUCAUGUUAGUAAUGACUAAAAUGUGCAUAACACUGGAGCGGAGAUUCGUUGUAGCACAUUAUACAAGCAUAUGUAAACAGAACCCUCUUCAUUGUGUAGCAGAUAUUAAUGCUGAUGGCAAAAUGGCACCUAACAUAUAAACUUUUUAAAUUACUUCAGUCAGGGCAGCAAUAUAAGUGCAAAGAACUGAAUGCCAGCAGAAAGUGAAAAUGAGAAUCUGGCUGAGAAGUUAUGAAGUAUGAUGUCCAGUCUGCCUGAGAUGAUUGAUUAGUCUGUAUAUCCCACCCAAAUCCUAUCCAUCUGAUUUACUGCACACUGAUUUAUGAAAAGGCGAUCAUUACCUGAGUGGAAGAGCAUAAACAAGGUGUUUUAGCUUUUUCAUUGUAUUUAUAUUUGAAUUAAAGAAAUAGAAUUUACUUCUGUAACAGGCCUAAUUACAAGAAUUCAUUACUUACUGUGGACUACCUACCUUUGCUGGGGAAAGCCUGAAUGAAAGGAUGGCAAAAUAUCUGUAUGUAAAUGAGAUGCUAUAAUUAAUAAAAUCUGUGGAUAAUUGGAA